UUCAAACGUUAAGGGGGUGUGGGGAUAAAAAAGUAGCCAGUGUUGAGAACUUUUAUGACUCAGAAGACAACGUUACAAAGAUCAGAGAAUGCUUUAGAUGAUCUUAAACCACGAGUUGCAAAUAAACAAAUAAAUGAUUAAUAAUAAUAAUAAAAAUCACCCUCAAUCGCUAAUAGUCAGUCGAUUACUACUGUCUGGGGGAUAGCGCAUGGGUCAGCGUUACAACUUAAACUUAAACAGGAGCACGUGUGUAAUGUGACUCUAGACUUGCUUUUAAAAUGGCUGCCAUCUACUCUGGCAUACAUCAGAAGCUGAACAGCCAUCUCACACCAUGGCCAGAUAAGUUGAAGUUGGCUCGAUUUGCAUGGGUGUCCAGUCAGUGCCUUCUUCCAAAUAAGGAACAGUUUUUGUUUGACUGGGUGGCUCGGGCCCUAUCCGGUUAUUACAGCAAGAAAGUAGAGGUGCCACAGGAAGUUGUGGAAGGCUUAUGGACCUUCCUGAAUGAAAUUCUCCAUAGUAAGAAGCUUUGUAAUGUCCUGAACACGGGAAAGACCAUUAACAUACACCCAGCAGUUCCCCAGAUGAUCAAUGAAAGGAUUCUGGAAAGCAAGUCAGGAACGCUGUCUGUCAACCUGUACACUAUUUUGAGUUGUUGUGAAGGGAUUUUAGCGUUUCCUGUCCUCGCUGUGACAUACACUGCCAAAUAUGAACUGCUGAUGGAGCUUGUGGUUAAGACCAGUGGCUUGGCCUGUUUUCAACUCCAGCAACAGGAAUCUACAGAGCCUCUUUCAGUUAAGGUGUUUGAGGUUCUGCUUCUUGUACUCAGCACCUAUUUGACUGUGCAAAGGCAGCAAGGAAACCCUAGGAGAGUUUUUGUCCAGGUGACAGAGCACCUUCUUCAGCCCCUCUGCCUGUUAAGACACUUAAUAACCUCUAGGACAUGGACAGAGAAGGAUGAUACAAGGAUCCGGCAACAAAUGAGCAAAGAGCUCCGGAGCAAAGUGGACUUGAUUCUUCAGUCUGCUCUCUUCUACCAUGAGUACCUACAGUACUACAAAGAAGAACUUCUCCCAUCCCAACAGGGAUCAGGUAGAAAAAAGGGAUCUACAGGCAAAACUUUUCUCUGCCCUGCUGCAACCAUUCUGUCAAAGCUUGCCCAUGGACAUGAUGCUAAUAAAGAAUCUUUCUUUUAUGGUGUCCAAUCCAGUUCUCUGGCACUGCUCUUUAAAUUUGCUUUAGAUGCAUUUUGCGAAGGAGGAGAGAACAAGUUGGUUUGCUUUCAUCUUAUGACAAAGUUUCUUACUGCCCUUGAUUUUACAGAGGAUCUGAACAUCAAAGAAACAUUUAACGAGGCAAACUGGAGUUUUGCUCUGCUUGCCUUAGAGGACAUUUUGAACUCCUGUUUGGCUGGAGAUAUCUAUAAUGUAGCUGCAGAUAAAAUACAUGAUGGAGUGGUGCAGUUAAAUUUCUACAGGAAAGUGGCUCAGGUUUUAUUCAAUAAUGCUCAGACAGGCAUCCCAGCCUGGUACCGCUGCCUGAAAAUACUGCUGGAUCUAAACCACCAAAUUCUACAACCAGAUCUCGAUGAGCUUGUCUCCUCAGUCUGGGUGGAUGCUGACAACAUGGAAUUACAGGUGAAGAAAGCUCGAGAGAUGCUCAUUUGUGCAGUACUUCAGACCUAUGCAAAGCUACGCCAGUUGCCGAGACUCUUUGAGGAACUGCUGGUCGUAAUCUGUCGACCAGCUGCUGAUGAACUGAGGCAGGAGUUGUUGCCUGAGGCUUUGCAAAAAUGUUUAGGUCAGUGUCUCUUGGACAACCCUCCUAGCCAAAAUCUCGAAAUCUGCAGACUUAUUCUGGAGAAGAUGCAAAACGAUCUCCCUUAUAUCCAAGAGGGAAGAAGGGAGUCUGCACUAAAAAUGUUUUCUCUGAGUGUUCUCAUGCAUGCGGUUGUCUUUAGUCUUAAGACGCUAGAUGACAGCACUCCUUUGCCCAUAGUCAGACAAACUCAAAGUCUAAUGGAAGAGAUGCUUAAAUUUGUUAGGGGUCUGCUGCAGUGUCUUGAGGGAGUUUUGAUUACAGACAACCUCUGGGUAGAGAAGAUCCAAGAGGCAAGUCUUCUCCUUACUCACACUUGGCAUGAGGCAGACACCCUUUUUCAAAUUCAUUGCAGUAAAUACACCUCCCUAGAUGGUCCAACUGGUGAUGUCAGUCCUAUCUCUGAUACAGUACAGAAAGUUUUAGCACUUAGGCAAUCAGGGGGCCAAGUCACAAGUCCACUGAACAGGUUUCUUCAAAAGCUUCUUGCUCUCCACAGAAUGAAGAGACACUCACUCAUCUCACCUUCACUUAUUCUGGACAUGGACACACAAGAUGUUCUUUGUGAAACUGCUCAAGUUGUGGUAAAUUGUCAAGAACUUUCGGUAAACCUGUACACUGACCAAACGUGGGACCGUCAAUUUUGCAGUGUUAAUAGUGACACCUAUCCAGUGGCCUUCUGGUUUCUAGUAACCACCAACCUGCCGUUAAUUGCUCCACACCUCACACAGGAGGUUACAUCUCGCAUAGCAGACACCAUCCUGAACUCCCUGCUUCAGGGUCACUCGGGAAGCAAUAUGGAGGAGACUGAUCUGUCAUUCCUACUGAUUUCAAAACAAUUGCUCUCUAGCACAGUUCUGUGUGAGUUGCCCAACUUGUACUCAGCAGUGGUGACUUCUGUAACAGACAGGUUUUUUGGACUGCCAAAUGCUUCUGAUGUACAGUCCUUUUGUCCCUCAUUUUUUAAAUCCUGCACCGAAAUUGGUGCUGCAUCUGAAAGCAAAGAAGGACGCAUUGCUGAGAUCUCAUCUUCUUUUAACAGACUGAAAGCCAUAGCACAAGAAAUUAUGGACUGUGCUAAAACUGGUGCUUCUAUCCCCAUAUCUAAAACCCAAGUAGACACCCUUCUGCAGGUAGUCAGGUUAACAAGUGUCCUAAAUCCAUGUGCAAUAUCUCCUGAAGAUUACUUAGGACUUUUUCUGGGUUUGUUCUUCAUGACGCUUUGUGUGCAACGUAAUGAAAAUGGGGCACUUUCAGUACCAGUCAACCUUUUGAAAGAGCUGUUUGGCCUCAUGGACUCGCUCUUGCUUGGGAAAAAUUCUCAUACAAUCCUCAAAGUUGUACAUGGUAGUACUCUCUUGGAGGCAGCUAUGACUUCUCUUUUCUCUCGCUUUGAUAAGGAUCUAUUUCGAAGUGUGGACAGCUCAUCUUGGUUUUCUUUUCUCCAGUCAGUCCAAGCUUUCAUUCACAGUAUAACACAUGUUAUCCUGGAGCGAAAAAGCAGCAUGCGAAUCAAUCUGGACAAGUUCACCACUUUUAUGAUUGAUAGAGCUCUUGCUGUUGGAACAUCAUCUGUGCACUCUGGGGAUUGUGCUGAAGCUCUGUACUCAUUUCAGCUUCACUUAGUAACCUUCAGCACACUUUGUAAUGAAAUGAUGUCUGUGCUUGGAAAAAGCCCUCAGUUGGAUGAGUUUCUGACUCAGUUGUUGGGGAAGAUCAUCUCCAUAAUGGGGCCUACCACUCAGACUGCGCUGAUGGGAAAGGCAGACAGUGGGCUUGGACAGUCAUUCUCUAUUGAUGUGGGGACUGUGAUGAUCAAGAGUGAGCUAGCAACGGUCUUUCAUCAGACCCAGGAUACUGGUGAUGGUGAUCAUCAACACAAGUUAUCCAACAUGACGCUGUACAAUAGCUUUGGCCAGCAGAUUAUGGAGGAAAUAUACCCAACACCUCAACCCAUGGAGGUUCUCAUUUCAUCUCUCCAUUAUCUCUCAGCAUUUUACUUGGCUUCAGAAAAAACUCGGGUGUCCGAUCUUGACAGUCUCCAUUUUAAGAUUCUGCAGAGUGUUUAUAAGUUAUUAUCAAGUGCAUGGCUUUCUGUAUCAGAAGUAAAAGAACUGGAGGUCCCACUUAGCAACCUGCUUAAUCAGCUGAUGGGCAGCUCUUCAGAAGAGCAACUCCAGUCGCUAUUUCUCAUGAUCCGGGGUGGACUUGUUGCAUCCCAGAUUGAUGAAGGCUUCUACAAAGAUGUGUUUGCAACGGUGACUGUAAUAAAGCUGCUUGCCAGCUGUUCACUGUCAGAGACCUCCUCAGAGAUGUUCUGGCGUGUUGUUCCUCACAUCAUGUCUUCUCUUGUUUUUGUGGUAAGAGCAUCUGGUCAAGUAUCUUCUCUAACUAGUCUACUAACUGUGCCAGUGGUAGAGACUCUAAUCACUCUGCUCCGUCAAGGAGAAACUCACAUCUCUGACCCACACCAUGUUGUCCUUGUGCUGGGAGCUCUUGAGUUUGUGCCUCUGGAAAACCAGUGCAUGGAGGAUUACUAUUCAGCCUUCCAUACAAUCCAUGAGGCCUUGUAUGCCAUCAUCCUUUACUACCCUAAGGUUAUGCUGAAAGCCUCUCCGGUCUUCCUGAACUGUUUUUAUCGUCUGGUGGCGUCCGUCAUGCGUGAGGGCAGACAAAAAGUGGAGGACGAGAAAGGAAAGGAUUCUGAGAAGCUUUUAAAGUGUGCCAUGCUAGUGGAGCGGAUGUAUACCCAUAUUGGCACUACAGCAGAGAGUUUCACUGUCCUGAGCUCUUUCAUCGUGGCUCAGUAUGUCACUGAACUUCAGAAGGUGACACUUCGACCAGAAAUCAAGGCGCAUCUGACAGAAGGCAUCUACUGCAUCUUGGACCAGUGUGUCGAACAGGAUAUAAAGUUCUUGAACAGGACAUUGCAAAUGGGUGUUAAGGAAGUAUUUAGUGAACUCUACAAAAGUUACACACAUUAUCACAAAUCUCAAAGGCAAGGGGAAGAGAAGUAUACUGUCUAACCCCAUUGUCAACAAACUGAUUUUUGUAUGAAUUAUUGUUAUAUGUUUUCUAUUACUGUUGUUUGACUUGGAUUACAAGUGGAGAAGAAAUAAAUUAACUUCUGUGGA